GUUUACUAUAAAAUUGAGAUAAAUGGGUAAUUGUAAUGUUAUGGAUAAAAAAGUAGAAUUUUAAGAAGCUAGUAUUAAAUUACCUAUAAAAUUAGUGUAAUCUAUACGAAAUUACGAAAUCCUAGAUAUUCUUGGAAAAGGUGGAUUUGGAAAGGUCUUUAAAGUAAAACGAAAAAAAAAUAAUAAACUUUAUGCUAUGAAAGUUAUGUCAAAAGCUAAGUAUUUAUUAUUUCUUAAUAAUUUAGAAUCAUCUAAAAAAAAAGCAUAACAGCAGUCUUAAAUGAAAAGAAUUUGUUAACAUAAUUAUGCCAUCCUUUUAUUGUGAAUAUGCAUUCAGCAUUUUAAGAUAGAGAAAAUUUAUAUUUAUUGCUAGAUCUUCUCAGUGGAGGUGAUAUGAGAUAUCAUAUUUGCAAAAAUAAAAGAUUUUCAGAGGAAGAAGCAUGUAAAUUAUUUUGUAAUACUACUUUUAAGAAUUUUUUGCUGCAUGUAUAAUUUUAAGUUUGGAGUAUCUACAUUAAUAAGGAAUAAUACAUAGAGAUCUUAAGCCAGAAAACUUAGUUUUUGAUGAAUAGGGUUAUCUUAGAUUAACAGAUAUGGGAAUUGCAAGAGUUUGGAGACCUGAAAAUGCUUCUGAUACAAGUGGAACACCAGGUUAUAUGGCACCUGAAGUAAUGUGUAAAUAAAAUCAUGGUAUUGCUGUUGAUUUUUUUGCUUUGGGUGUUAUAAUUUAUGAAUGUAUGCUUGGUAAACGACCUUAUGUUGGAAAAACAAGAUAAGAGAUUAGAGAGUAAAUCCUAUCAAAAUAAGUACAAAUUAAAAGAUCAUAAUUACCUGUUGCUUGGUCAAUAGAAGCUGGUGAUUUUAUUAAUAAAGUAUAUUUUUAAUAGUACUUUUUAGCUUAUACAAAGAAAACCAGAAGAUAGAUUAGGAACUUUUAAUCCUUCUGAUGUUAAAAAUCAUCCUUGGUUUAGUUCUUUUGAUUGGGAUGGAUUAUUAAAAAAAAAAUUUGAUCCACCUUAUUAUCCAAAAAAAUUUAAUGGAUAUGAGGGAUCACUUGAUGAUACCAUCGAGGAAAAAAAUGAAAAAAAUUUCAUAUUACUCAGAAAUAACACUCUUUGUGGUAUUAUUGAUUUUAAUCUUAAGAAUAAUUUAACGAGUAUUGUUAUAAUCCCGAAGCUUGUAUUAAAAAAUGA